CUCGACUCCACCAACCUCCUUCACCACGAAUCCUACUCCCUUCCAGCAAAGAAGGUUUGCGCAUUCAAGAUGUUGUCCUCGCGGACAGCCCUGCGCCGGGUACGGGUCCCCAGGCCCGCGCGCCCACUACCGACACCUCCGCAUCGUCAGGACGGCACCCUCCCAUCUCGUCCAUUCACCCACCAGUCUUGUCGACAGCUCCUAUCCUCACCACUAAAUCGACCACAGCUCCCCUUCCUCUCCCCUCUGUCGGGAAAUCGUCCUCUACCGCCAUGGCCUAUCCACCUCCGACAACACUUUGCGCGGUUGAUGUCGACCGAGAGCCGGAAUUACUACAGGCGGCGCAUCUCACGCGGCCUCAACAUCGGCCUCUCCUUCUACGCCAUCCUGGUCCUGUUCCAGCUGAUCAAGUUGGGGGUAUACCAGGAGGAGAUUGAACACCAGUGGCCGACUCCGCCGGAAUGGUCGUGGAAGAGUCGCUGGUGUCUGCGAUCGGCGCAGGCGCUGCAGAACCCCGAACAGAUCGGCAAGCUCAUGACCAACUGGCCCAUGGUUGCGGGGUAUCUGCGUGACCUGUUGGAGCGGCUGGAAAACCUUGAGGGAGAAGGAAAAGGCAUCCACAAGCAGGGAGACGGCGGGUUUUUGGUCGAAGGCGUCGGAGAGACCGGGUAUGAUGUCUCGGAGAAGAGCGAGCCGUGGCGGAGGGGAUACUUCCAAGCCCUCAUGGGCGCUGCCAAGUCCGCAGAGUCUCUCGAGGGCUGGUUGACCGACCGCAAACACCGCAUCUCCGCCCCGGCCGAGUAUGUCGUCGGGCCAUCGAAUCCCCGACCGAAGCCGAUGCCCGCGGGACAGAAGCAGGCGCCGGAAGAGCAGUACUGCGAGCCGGCGUCUCCCGCGCCGGAGGUCUUCUACAUGAAGAUCCUGACCACAAAGGGCUUCGACACCCGCCAGAAGCUCGACGCGGCGCUGGCAUACGCCGACUGGCUCGACUACAAGGGUCUGGCGGGCACAGCGGACGACAUGUACCGCUGGGCCAUGGACAUCGCCGCGGCGGGAUCCCCGGUGGACGCGACGCAAGUAGUGGACCUGAAAACCGGCACACUCAAACCCACCAGCAAGGUCCUACCGACUGAAAACAUCCUCCGGGUAUCCACCGCGCGCGCCGUCCACGAAGCCCGCCAGGGCAACCUCCCCACCGCACUCUCCAUCUUCACCUCCGUCCUGCAAGCCCGGCGAUCUCUCCCGGAGGCUCCCUCAGACACCACCUUCCCAUCCUUCCCCCAUCCCCCCAAAUCCAGCCGUGACCCCUUCCGCCGUCUCUUCAACACCAUCAAGACGGUCCUCGUCCCCGUCGAAUACCCCGCGCCCCUCCCAUCCGGCAACGAGCCGCCCCUGCGCAGCGUAACUGCCCCCUGCGACGAAGCCAGCCUCAUGGUCUACAUCGGCGAGAUCCUCUACGCCAGCUCCUCCAAAGAGAAGGGCCUCGCCUGGACCCGCGACGCCGUCGAAGUCGCCGAGUCCGCCAUCCUCCGUCUCAGCCGCUCGGAAGACUACACCCCGCGCCACCGCUGCGCCGACUGUCUCCGCGUGGGGCUGGAGAACUGGAAGACCAUGGUGGCGGGCUUGGUCGCCCGCGCCAAGAAAGACGAGCUCGACAGCGUGACGAACGCCCAGAAGGCGUGGUUCGGCGGCCAGAAGAAGGCCGACGCCCGUACCCUGGAGCGCAAACGCUGGGAAGCAGAGAGCAUGAUGCUUGAUGAUCGUGUCCAUGAUCUGGCGCCGGUUAUUGAGGGCGAGUCUGGGUUGACGGGCAUCGCUCCUAAUAGUUCGUUGUUUGUUUGAUUGAUUGAUUGAUUGGUUGGAUGGGUGUUGGGUUUUC